GACUCGGGAAGGGAACAUGCUGGAGGUGAUCCUGUUCUGGGUGUGUGUGUGCCUGGCCCCAGGCUGUGGGGAGACACUCCGCACUGACACAGCACCCCCAAGGAAUAUAGCAGUGGUGGGUGCUGGAAUUUCCGGAUGUUCUUCAGCCCAGUCCCUGAGACAGGUUUUCGGCUCCGGAGUCCGAAUCGACGUGUACGAGAGUGAGACGGUGGGAGGGACCAUGGCAACAGACAGCCUGAAUGGCCUGGAGUAUGAAAUGGGAGCGUCUGCCCUUCACCCACUGAACACGCACGUGAAGGAGAUUGCCCGGACCCUGGGUCUGAAGGCGGUGAAACUGCCCAGGGCGCUGUUGGCAGUGUCUGACGGAGAGGAGAUGGUGUUUGAGGAGAGCGAGUGGUUCCUUGUCAAUGCCAUCAAGUUGGUAUGGAGGUAUGGCCUGGAUUACUUCCGUACAAAGACGUGGCUGGACACUUAUCUGCACAAGUUCCUCAAGGUUUACCAGCUCCAGGCCCAUGGUCAGUGCUCCGGGAGUGCGGGGAAGCUGCUGAAACGGGCUGGGGGCCCAGAGCUCUCACAGCUCACCCAGAAGUCCAUCGCUGAGGCCUUGCGCAAGGCUGGGGUCAGCCAGCGGUUCCUGGACGAGAUGAUCGCCCCCGUCAUGCGACUCACCUACGGCCAGGCCACCAAUGUCAGUGCUUUUGCAGGAAUGAUGGCACUGCUAGCGGUACAGUCUGACCUCUGGGCAGUGGAAGGAGGUAACAAGCUUCUGUGCUCCGGUCUGCUCUAUUCGGCCAAAGUCAACCUCAUCAAAGGCAAAGUCACAGCAAUAACUACCAAGAGAAGGCCACUCCGCACUGGUGAGGAGCUGGUGCUGUACGAAGUGAGCUACGAGGACACUUUGGGAGAUGGUUAUGGUCUGUAUGACAUUGUGGUGGUCACUGCGGCAGAGCUGCCCAUGGUAAUCUCUGGGAGGGGAUCACCUCCUGCCCAGCACCAGCCCAGGGUGGUCACUCUGGUUGACAGCUGCUUGAACACCUCGUCCUUUGGGCACCGUGCCCCUGACCCUCGCCGCGCCCCAUGUAUUCUCACCACCUCCCGCUCCCAUUCCUCUAUCCUGGCUGCCGUGAUACCAGUGUCUGCCAGUUCCGUGCCCCAUCCCCGGCCCCAGCCUUGUGCCCGGCCCUGGAAGGUGCUAUCGUCCAAGCCUCUGACCCAGGAGGCCCUGAGCCGGCUCUUCCCCACCGGCCAUGCCUUCCGCCAGGCCUCCUGGCCCGCCCAGGCCCCGUACCCCCUCUCCAGGCAACAGCACCCUCCCUUCGCUGUCCACCGCCACGUUUACCACCUCAGCUCCUCGGGGGGGGCAACGGGAACCGUGGAGUUGGCCGUCAUCUGGGCCAAGAACGCUGCCCAGUUGGCACAUCGCCGCUGGUACGAAGGUUCAGUGAGGGGAGACCGUAGCACGGCACAAGGCUCUCACAGGCUGGAGCUCUGAACAGGAUCUCCCCUCCCCUCCCCUCCAGGGGUCCUGGGGAGGGGUCCGGGAGGAUUCGCGCCAGCGUCUGUUCCACCCACGGCCUGUCGUUACUGGACACGCUGCCCCUGGCACAGCCAACAUGGGGAUUCAGGGCACACAGUCCAGUACGAUGACACCCCACCU